CCGCCGUACAUGCUUGUCGAGCUAAAGCCUAUAAAUAAGGUUAUAUUGCUUAUUUCCUGCAUAUUCUCAUUCUCAACACCAAACCUAUGGCUUUCUUUCAAUCUAGCUUUGCUUUAGUAAAUCAGCCAAUAUUUUCUCCAAACAAAUGCUCAGCUGUGAAGUCCAUCCCUUAUUGUAGAUGCCGUGGUAAAAUCCAUUUUACUAUUAUUGCCUUGAACCAAAAUAUCCACAUUUCUCAAAAUGGAAAAGGCAGGGAAGAUCUUCAAUUGAAACAUGCUAAAGCAUUGGAGGAAGUUAAGCGCGAACUUGUAAGCAAGGCAAGAGAAAAUGCAGAUCAUGGUUUAUCUAUGGUGGACUCCUUACAAAGAUUAGGCAUUGAGCACCAUUUUAAAGAGGAAAUUGAGACAAUUCUUAGUAGGAAACAUCUGAUGCUUAGAGCUCACAACCACCGAAGAAAUGAUUAUCAAGAACUGUCAGAAGUUGCUCUUCAAUUUCGUUUGUUAAGACAAGAGGGAUAUUACAUCCAUGAAGACAUAUUUGAUAAGUUCUGGGACAAGAAAGGCAUGCUGAAACAAAUAUUUUGUGACGACAUAUAUGGGUUAAUUGGUUUGUUUGAAGCCUCUCAAUUAAGCAUAGAAGGGGAAGAUUAUCUUCAUGACGCAGAGGAGUCCAGUCGCCAGUAUCUUAACACGUGGCUCUCAACAUUUUAUGACCAUCCUCAAGUCAAAGUUGUGGCAGAUUCAUUAAGGUAUCCUAUUCAUAAAUGUUUGUCAAGGUUUACGUCAACAAUCUUACAGUUUGACCAGACAAGCUCUUUAAAAGAGUUGUCCAAAAUUGAUACCCAAAUGGUUAGCUCUUUGCACGUGAAGGAAAUUUUUGCAGUUUCCAGAUGGUGGAAAGACCUAGGUUUGGCAAAGGAUCUAAAGUUCGCUAGAGAUGAACCGAUCAAAUGGUACAUGUGGCCCAUGGCAUGCUUACCAGAUCCACGAUUCUCCGAAGCAAGGAUUGAGAUCACGAAACCAUUGUCCCUUAUCUAUAUCAUUGAUGAUAUAUUUGAUUUUUGUGCAAGUAUUGAUGACCUUACUCUCUUUACGGAAGUGGUCAAGAGGUGGGACAUGGAAGGCAUGGGGCAGUUACCAGAGUACAUGAAAGGGUGCUUUAAGGCCCUUUAUGACAUAACUAACGAAUUUGCUUUCAAGACCCUCGUCAAACAUGGAUGCAAUCCUACAACCUCCUUAAUAAAAUCGUGGGUGAGGCUCUUGAAUGCUUACCUGGAAGAAGCAAAAUGGUUUGCUUCAGGAAACGUGCCAAGGGCAGAAGAGUACUUGGAGAAUGCGAUAGUCAGCACUGGGGUGCAUGUUAUUCUCGUCCACUCAUUCUUUCUCAUGGGUGAGGGGAUAACGGAGGAAAACGUGACUCUAAUGGAUGAAUUCCCAAACAUUAUAUCUGCAACAGCCACGAUUCUAAGGCUUUGUGAUGACCUAGAAGGAGACCAGGAUGUUAAUCGUGAUGGUAAUGAUGGAUCGUAUUUGAAGUGCUACAUGAAGGAGCACCCAGGAGUCUCUAUUGAACAAGCACGAGAGCAUGUCACUCAUUUGAUUUCGGAUGCAUGGAAACGACUCAACAAAGAAUGUCUUAUUGAAGCAAAUCCAUUGCCAUCUUCUUUCACUAAACUUUGCUUGAAUGCUGCUCGGAUGAUACCUCUGAUGUACAGUUACGACACAAAUAGCCCAUCAAAGCUGGAAGAGUAUGUGAAAUCUUUGCUUUAUGGUGGUGGUGUGCAGAGUAUUCCACAAGACAAGACCAUUGUUUCAUGAAAUAAUCUAUUGGAGACGAAGUAUGGGUAUAAUCUGGAUCACAACAGCAACAAAAAAUAAAAGUUCAUGUUCCAAUUAGGCUGUGCCAAGUUAAUUAGAAUCGUGUAAAAAUAAAAUAAUUAAUUAUUUGCUAUAUGAAAUUCUCUUUAAA